AUAGGAUGAAUGAGGAAACCAACAUGUUGCUGUUCGAAAUGCCUCAAAGAAGUUUGUUGACAGUUUCAUUAUGCAUGCAAGAAUUCUGCAAAACACAAAUUCUGGGGAGAGAUGACUUAGUGCUUUGCACUUCUUGCAACAAUCGUACAUGGUCAAUCAUGAGUUAUGAGUUUGAGGCAGUUAACUCUCCAUUCAUCAUGGUUCAGAUGAAAAGAUUCCAGAGGCUUGGAGAUAGACAUUCUAAAGUUCUUAGUCGCGUGCACUUAGAAAGGGUUUUGCGGAUUGGAACAGAGAGACCCAGCUAUUACAGACUUGCUGCAAUUCAGUGUCAUAUUGGUGAUAGCUUGCGAAUGGGCCAUUAUGUCACAGUCCUUAUACUCCCAAGUGGUGAUGUAUUGUUGUGUGAUGACUUCAGUGUGAAAAAAAAGCCAGACAGUUUCAUAGAACAAAAAAUGGUUCAGGAAUCCUGCUACUUAAUAUACUACGAACAGUUGACAGUCCACAACUGCUACUUAGACUUGGAUGUAAAAGAAGAUGAUGCUGAAGACACAUUUUUGGGAAGCAUAAGACGAUUAGAUGGCAAUACUUUUGUGGCAGCACAUUUCAACAUGAUGGUCAAUGCCUCAGACAUCAAUAUACACUUUUCGACACUAACUGGUUAAAUGACAAAGUUGUUUACAUCUACUUCCGAAUUAUUCAUGCUUCUUGCUCAUGGAUCUCCGUUGUCGACCCGAUGUUUAUCACUGCCCUAAACGAGGGGAGAUCAUCAGCUGCCAAAAAGUUUCUGACACCACAGCACCUCCAAGCUAACCAAGUUCUAAUACCUUGUGUUUUAGAAGGCCACUGGACUUUUAUCGUGCUUGACAUUGCCGGCAAGACUAUGACGUUAGUUGACUCCGGAAAUGCUAGAGAUAAUGGCUUGACCUUGGUGAGUCAUUUUUUUGAGUCCAUGGACGAAAUGCCUCACAGCUGGACUUUACAACAUAGCAAGGUAUGAUAGCCUAUCAAGACAAAACCUUUAUCUACCGUUCUCUUAUUAAUAUCUAUAAGGUCUAAUUGUAUAUCUUAAAUUGAAACAUUUGCAGACCUGACCACAAAGUUAAAUGUGAUCACUUAAGUCAAUAAUGUAUUGUUAAGUCAAGAUGUACCUUUUGAAUACAGUCAACCUUGGUAUUAGGGACUACACAAGGGAGUAACCAAAUUUGGUCUUUUUAUGAAAUUGCCCUUAAAAAAGACCUUUCUGGAAAAAAA